AUGGUUCAGCUUUGCAAAUUCCUCGCCGUGGCUGCUGCAUGCUUGGCAGCUCCUGCAAUCGCUCAUCCUGGCGAGAAGCAUGAUCCUCACCACGUGAAGCGUGAGGUCCACGCCCGCGAAGCCAUGGCUGCUCAUGCCAAGCGCUCUCUCGGUGCUUGCGAGAGCACCUUGCACGCCCGCGAACUGAACAAGCGUAGCAUCGCCCGUCGCUCCCACACUGUUCAGAGCCUCCGCAAGAAGCGCGGCAUCACGACCGCUCCUCAGAAAUGGCGCCGUAACCUCGCGGCUCUUGAGAAGUGGGAGGCUAUUGAUCACAACCGCACUGGCAUUUUGGACUACAGCCCCGCGACUCCCGAGUCAAUGAUCUUUGCUGCCAACACUAGCUGCAUUUUGUCUCCUACCGUUACUGACGGUCCUUACUAUGUCUGGGGGGAGGUUGUGCGCCAGAAUGUCAAGGAAGAACUGUAUUCGGAUGGUGUCGAUGUUUUCCUCGAGGUGCAGUACAUCGAUAUCAACACCUGCAAGCCAGUCCAGGGUGCCUUGGUCGACAUCUGGCAAGCCAAUGCCACUGGUGUCUAUAGGUACGAUACAUCCAUGUUCAUUUCCAUUCCCAGAGAGCACCAUCUAAUCAAUACCAGUGGAAUUUCAGAGUCGGGUAACUACGCCGCCGACGGCUGGGACUCGACCUACCUGCGCGGCAUCCAACAAACCGACCGCGACGGUGUAGCCACCUUUGACAGCAUCUUCCCCGGCCACUACGACGGCCGCGCAACUCACACCCACCUCCUCACUCACUUGAAUGCAACCCUCCUUCCCAACAAGACUCUCGAAGUCGGCACCGGCAGCGUCGCCCACAUCGGCCAGCUCUUCUGGAAUGAGGUCCUCCGCUCCGCUGUUGAGGAUACCUAUCCCUACACCUCUAAUACGCAGGCCAUUACCACCAAUGCCGAUGACAUGUGGAGCAUUGAGCAGGCUGACAGUGCUUACGAUCCCUUCCCUGAGUACCUCUAUCUCGGCGAUGACCUCGAUGAUGGAUUGUUCGCUUGGAUUCAAAUUGGUAUCAAUGCUACUGCUGAUUUCACCGAUAACUCGUACUACUCCAUUGCCGCUUACCACGAUGCUGAUGGCGGUCACGAGAACUCUGACAGCUCGUUCGUUGGUGGUACUGGCGGCGGUGGUGCUCCCAGCGGUUCCAUGUCUCUGUCUGGGUCUGGUGGCAUGCCUACAGCUUCGUCUAGCGCGUCUACCUGA